CACCUCGCCGGGUCCUGUCCCACAGGCGGCCCGCACCAUGGCUCUGUCCUGGAAGAGCUGGCUGGCCAAUGAGGGAAGCAAACACCUCUUUCUGCUUUUCUGGCUCUCCCUCAAUGUAUGGCUCUUCGGGAAAACCUUCCUGCUGUAUUAUCAGGGGCUGCAGUAUUAUUAUUUGCAUCAGAUGUUAGGGCUAGGAUUGUGUGUUAGCAGAGCUUCAGCAGCUGUUCUCAAUCUCAAUUGCUGCCUGGUCCUUCUCCCAAUGUGCCGUGUUCUCCUGGCCUUCUUCCGAGGAUCACAAAAGGUUGCCAGCAAGAAAACCAGAAGGCUGCUAGAUAAAAGUAAAACUUUCCAUGUGACGUGUGGUAUUACAAUAUGCAUCUUUUCAGUCUUACAUGUUGCUGCUCAUCUGGUGAACGCUCUUAACUUCUCUGAGAAUUACAACGAAGAUUUUCUGGCACUAAAUGCAGCAAAUUACCGUGGUGAGGACCCAAGGAAACUUCUUUUUGCUACUGUUCCAGGUCUGACUGGAGUCAUUAUGGUGUUAGUAUUAUUUCUAAUGUGCACAGCUUCUACCUAUGCUAUCAGGGUUUCAAACUAUGACAUCUUCUGGUAUACACACAACCUUUUCUUUGUCUUCUAUAUGCUGCUGAUUCUGCAUGUUUCUGGGGGAGUGCUCAAGUACCAGACCAACUUAGAGGAACACCCUCCUGGUUGCUUUAAUCCUAACAAAACACUGCGAGAGAAUAUGACGGUGCCAAAGGCUUUUGAAGAGUCGUUUCCUUACUAUACUACUCAGCCUUUCCCAGAGGACUUAUCAGUACCAGAACCCUUUGUACAUAAUAACAUUAUGAGAAUUUGUUCUGAGGAACCCAAAUUCCAGUCACACUUCCCAGAGACCUGGUUGUGGAUUUCUGGACCUCUCUGCUUGUACUGUGUGGAAAGGCUGUACCGCUACAUCCGCAGCAACAAACCGGUCACAAUAACUUCAGUGAUAAGCCAUCCCUCCAAUGUCCUUGAAGUAAGGAUGAUGAAAGAGGACUUUAAAGCAAGGCCUGGUCAGUAUGUUAUUCUACACUGUCCAAGAGUGUCUGCACUGGAAAGUCAUCCAUUCACACUUACAAUGUGCCCUACAGAUACCAAAGCAACGUUUGGGGUCCACCUUAAAGUAGUAGGAGACUGGACAGAAAGAUUUCGGGAUUUACUGCUUCUACAUUCAAACCAAGAUACAGAGAUUCUGCCCAUCUUUCAGCAGAGGCGCUAUCCCAAACUGUAUGUGGAUGGACCUUUUGGAAGUCCCUUUGAGGAAUCCCUGAACUAUGAGGUCAGCCUCUGCGUGGCUGGAGGUAUUGGAGUUACACCAUUUGCAUCAGUACUCAACACCUUGCUUGAUGGCUGGAAAUGCUACAAGCUCAGAAGACUCUACUUCAUUUGGGUGUGCAGGGACAUCGAAUCUUUCCGCUGGUUUGCAGAUCUGCUCUGUGCGUUGCACAACAAGCUUUGGCAGGAGAAUCGACCAGACUAUAUAAACAUCCAGCUGUACCUCAGUCAAACAGAUGGAAUACAGAAAAUAAUUGGUGAAAAAUAUCAAGCUUUAAACUCAAGGCUUUUAAUUGGACGACCCCGGUGGAAACUUAUUUUUGAUGAGAUAGCAAAGUGUAACAGGCGGAAGACCAUUGGAGUUUUCUGUUGUGGACCAAACAAAAUGUCUAAGAUACUUCAUAAAAUGAGCAACAGCAGCAACUCUUAUGGGACAAGGUUUGAGUAUAAUAAAGAAUCCUUCAGCUGAAAGUCUGUUGGACUGGCAAGACUCUCUAGAAGAUAAAAGUGCAAUUUUUUCUUUGUACAACUUAAAUUUCAGCUGUGGUUUAAACAGACAGAAAUGUACCAAAGAAUAGCACAGAUUUUCUUAUUUAUGAUUAUUUAAGACUUUGGAAAACGAUGGAUGCAGCAGUAUACCAACAAAUAAUAAGUGCUUAUGCUCAAAGCUACAGGCACUCACACAAUAUUUGUGGCAGAGGUGAUUCUUUGGAAUUGCUUCUGUUAAUUAAAAAGUACAGAUGUUUGGGAGAGACACAGUUGCUUUAAAAGCUGAUGUACGAAGAGUUCGUGGAACAUUUCAACUUCUUCCACUUCAGUCCUCUGAAGCUGGAUCACUGUACCAGACCAGGCUAAUCCAGAUGAUAAAACAGUGUAUUCAAAGAGCUAUUGCUUUUGUUAGUAUACAGAUCUCAUGCCUUUGGGGUGGAGACUCUCCUUAGUAGAGAUUUUAUGCAUUGCAGAAUUGGGGUUCUAUAUUUAAAAUACAGAGUGCUCACUUUCUCUAUCCUACUUCUGUACUGGGUGUGAAUAUUCCCUCUGUGAAAGGAAAAGGGGUGGAACAUGGAGAAAG